CUUAUACCAACACUCGAAGCCCCACGGCCCGAUCACGUCUGGGGGAAUAGCAAGAUCGAUCCCACCAUUACUUCUUGACAUCCCCAUUAUCCAUACACUCCUUUGGUUUCUUUCACUGGUCGCUCGUCAUUUUCUCCAUGGGAAUUCUUACUUACCGCGCCUGGUGAUGCUUGUAGUCAACAGAUUCGCUCGUUAAGACGACACUCCUUUUGGAACCCACUAUUGUCACUCAUUUCUGAUCUUUAUUGACGCCCGAUUACCACCAUGCCUCGUGCGAUGCGGCUCGAUGUCGGCCUGGUGACAUGCCUGGCCGCCUUCUCCAGCGUUGCUGAUGCGUUCUGGCGUCUUCCCUGUCGUGGCCGGAGCGGUUUGGCCCGUAUCGAUCCUCUGAUGGACCCGGGCGAGCCCUCCUACCACGUUCACUCCGUCCAUGGAUCUGGCGCUUUCUCCAUGUCUUCCGAUGCCGACGUCCUGAAGGCCGCCGACUGUACCUCCUGCGAGGUCAAGCAGGACAAGUCCGCGUACUGGGCUCCCGCGCUUUACUUCGUGGACGAAGAUGGCGACGCCGAGUUGGUGGAUGAGGUGGGAGGCAUGCUUGCCUACUACCUCCUGUACGGCGAGGGCGUGAAGGCCUUCCCUGAGGGCUUCCGCAUGAUCGCCGGUAACCCCUUCAAGCGCGACUUCCCCUGGCCCGUGCCUGACCCCCCCAAGUCCGAGUGGACCGGCAAGCAGGGCUCCCAGGACGCCCUGUCCGCGAAGGCGCUCGGGUUCAACUGCCUCAACUACGAAUCCGACGCGGAACCGUCGCUUGGACGCCACUUCAUGCCCAACAAGACCUUCCUCGACGAGAACUGCAAAGAUGGUAUCCGCAUCGAGCUGAUGUUCCCUUCGUGCUGGAACGGGAAGGACGUCGACACCGAUGACCACCGCUCCCACAUGGCCUAUCCUUCGCAGGUCAUGGACGGAACCUGCCCCGAGGGCUUUGAGACUCGCGUCGUGUCGCUCUUCUUCGAGACCAUCUGGGAUACCUACGCCUUCCGCCACAAGGAGGGCGAGUUCGUCCUGUCCCACGGUGACCCCACCGGAUUCGGCUAUCACGGCGACUUCAUCCAGGGCUGGGAGCAGGAUGUUCUGGAGGCGGCCGUCGAGCAGUGCACCAACCCGUCCGGCGAGGUCGAAGACUGCCCCGUCUUCGAGCUCCAGUCCGAAAUCGAACAGAAGCUCUGCACCUUUGACAUCCCCGACCUCCUGAAGGACGAGGAAGUCGAGAAGUGCUCGGGCGGCCUGCCCAACAAGAUCCUCAUCGAGUACGGACCCGAGGAGGCCUUCCCCAUCAAGUACGCCACGCCCACUUCCUCCUCCGCCGCGUCCACCUCCUCGCCCGCUCUCCCCACCCUCCCCGGCCUCCCCAGCAUCUCUCUUCCCGACCUCGGCGGUAUGUUCGCUGAGAGCUCGACCACGUCCGCCUCUUCCACUACGACUCCCCCUCCCGCCCCCAGCACCACUGAGACCCCGACCGAGACCCCGACCCCGAGCACCACCGAGGAGCCGACCACGAGCACCACCACGACCCCGACCUGGACUCCCACCCCCGUCACCUCCUUGAUCGAGGGCCCCAUCACCCAGGAGAUCGUCUUCGUCGAGCAGGAGGUUGUGAUCCUGGUCGACGACAAGGGCAGCACCGUGGGCACUCAGACCGGCGACAUGAAGACCGUCUCGACCACCCUGACGACCGCCACGACCGUCGUCUCCACCGAGGUCACGAUGGCGACCGAGCCCCCUGCUCACGCCCACCGCCGCCGUCACGCCCACGGCCACCGUGCCCGUGCCCACUAAACGGUUCACCCCGUCAAUGGCCCACUGAUGACUGAUGGGUGAAGAUGAGCGACGAAGCGGGAUUCUCAACAUCGGACACUCUUUGGGCGCCAUUCACUUAUAUCUAGAAAAAGUAAUGGCUUUGCACGCAUAUAUCAUUCUUCCCAAGCGACACACGCCCAUUCCGUGUUUCUCAUCUAUAACUUUUUUUGUCACAUUACCUUUUUUUUUAUCCCCCUCCCCGAGCCGAGCGCGGGCUCCCAUUCAUGGAUGAUACUUUUUUAGCCCCCAGGAUACCUUCACUAUCUUAUCUUACUGUCAAUUUUUCUUCUCAUUUUAUAUUUCGAAUUUCAAAUGGAUGUAAAUGUCACAAUUUUCCCUCUUCUCCUUGUCAUUGCCCUUGUCAUUGUGCUUGUCCUUGACGAGAUGGGUCGAAGCGUAAGACAUGAUCGUCUUAUUUAUUCUUUUUUGUCCUUUUUUUUUUUUCUCUUUCUUCCAGAUGAGAACGC